AUGGCUUCCACCAAAUUGGCAGCCAUUGCGUUGUUCUUGUCUUGCUUGGUUUUCCUUGUUUCGGUUUCUUCUGCGGCUAAUUCAACAGCCGGCCUCAAAGUUGGCUUCUACAGAAAAUCAUGCCCACCCGCAGAAGCCAUUGUCCAAAAAUACGUCAACAAAUUCGUCUUCCGCAACCCUGGAUUUGCCGCUGGCCUUAUCAGGCUUCAUUUCCACGACUGCUUCGUCAGGGGAUGUGAUGCUUCUGUGUUGUUGGACGGAGCAAACUCGGAAAAACAAAGUAUACCAAACCGGGGAAGCUUAAGAGGUUUUGAGAUAAUCGACGCAGCAAAAGCUGAAUUGGAGAUUCGAUGCCCUGGAAUCGUUUCUUGUGCCGACAUUCUCGCAUUUGCCGCAAGAGACAGCUCAUGGAGAGUUGGUGACAUAUUCUACGAAGUACCCGCUGGACGCCGUGAUGGAAACGAGUCCAACACACUCGACCCACUUCUCAAUCUUCCCCCACCUUUCUUCAACGCCACUCAACUCAGGGACAAUUUUGCAAGAAAGGGUCUCACACUCGACGAAAUGGUGACACUCUCAGGGGCUCACUCCAUUGGAAUUGCUCACUGCACCUCCUUCAACGGACGUCUAUACCCGACCGUAGACCCCACUCUCGACCCUAACUACGCCGUUUUCUUGAGAAAUAUCUGCCCGGCCCCCGUUGCUAAUGCCACAGGUCCACCAAGUGUGAACCCUACGGUGAAUCAGGAUGUCAUAACUCCGAAACGUUUGGACAAUUUGUACUACGAGCUGCUGAAGCAGAAAAAGGGACUUCUUACGUCGGAUCAGGUACUUAUGACAAGCACUUUGACCUCCAAAAUUGUACUGAAAAAUGCUCAGAACAGUCCUGCAUGGGCUAAGAAGUUCGCCGCUGCAAUGGUCAAAAUGGGCAAGAUUGACGUGCUCACCGGCACCCAGGGCGAGAUCCGAGAAAACUGCCGCCUCGUCAACUGAUUGCUAAUCAUGCAUGCUUAAUUUCUAAAUAUAUUUUUAUCAUUAUAAGAUUCAAUCCUUGCGUGACGGUCGUAUUCAUUUUUUUCAAAUUAACUUUGAUUACCCUUCUCCUUACAUUUUCAUGGUACCGUAUGUUGUUAAAAUUUGAUUCAUUAAUUUAUGUUCUGGUUCCUUUGUUCUUUCCAUCAAAGUGGAAUAUAUAUGUUUUGCAACAUUUGUAAUAUAUACAUGACAAAAAAUUGUUGGGAAUUUUAUUUUAUAAAAUAAAAUAAUUUUUGAAUGGAAAUUA